AUGUCUCGUUUCGUAUCAGCUGGUACUGAUGUCGACCCUCGCCCACCAGAUGAUGCUUGGGUCCAGGCUCAGCAGGCAGUCGAGGCCAAACAACAGCCCAAACCCACGAACCGGGGGGCACAGGAAGACGGCAAGAGCCUCUACGAGGUUCUGCAGCAGAAUAAAGCCGCCAAGCAAGAGGCUUUUGAAGAAGCCGCCCGCCUAAAGAACCAAUUCCGAGCACUUGAUGAUGAUGAAGUCGACUUUCUCGACUCGGUGCUUGAAUCUACCAGGGCCAAAGAGAAUGCCGUCAAAGAAGAGACUGCCGAACAGCUUGACGCGUUUCGCAAGCAACGCGCCCUCGCCGAACAAUCGCUCCUUGGUCUCGACGAUGAGAAUAGCAACAAACCUGACAGCCAGGCGGGUGAUGCUUGGUCGCUCAAGAAGAAGAAGCGACGCAGAGACGAAGAUCAUUCUACGGAAUCGGCGGGCGUCGGAACCAAAGUGAGGAAGACAUCUUCCUCGGCUACGGACGAUAGAAGCCCGAUCGAGAGCUUGAAUGCACCUGCAGCCCAUUCAAAGGAGGCUUCUGUCAACAAGGCGGAGAGCUCAACCAUGCCGACAACCAUCAAGUCACCAUCUCCAUCAUUACCACAGCAGAAACCCUCGCCCGUCUCGGCUGGACUUGGGCUAGGUGGCUACACCUCCGACGAAGAUGACUGA